UUUGCAUGCAAGUAUAAAAUCCAAAACCAUUUCCUCUUCAUCACACUCUCUGAUCUCUUCUCUCAUGCCAUAGUUAACUCCUUCAAUGGCUUUCUUAAAAUACUGGUGCUUCAUCAUAGCUCUCUUCUGCAUGUGCCCAUCCUGGUGCAAGUCAGAUGGAGAUGCAGUUGACAUUGUUACAAAAGCAUUAGCAUGCUUCGACGAACGUUCGGUUUACAGUAGUUGCCAAGAGUCCUACAGGCUAAAUGCCGAAGGAAGCAUCAAUGUUCCGCCAGUGGCAAUCGAUGAGUACUGCAACGGGCCAUGCCUGAUCGAGACGAAGCUCGUACUAGAAUGCGUCGACAACAUUUUGUACAACUUCAAGUUCUACAAUGGCGCAUCGAUCCACGACGCGCGUUUCGCCCUUUACAGGGGGUGCGGACACACCGAUAAAAGAGGGGAUUUUAAUGUAUUGGACCAUUUGGGAGAAGAAGAUUAUUAUGAUGAUUACUUUGGCAAUGGGAAUAAGUUGGCUAACCCCAUCCACCUUCUGAUAUUCCUGAGUUGUGCUUUGCUUCUAUGGGGCUAUUGAUACAUUAAUGUCACUAUGAUCUUGACAUUAUACUAUUGUACUUAAAAAGAAAAAGAAAAAGAAAAAACAAAAACAAAACCCUAUUAUAUGAUCUUACUUUUGAGGAGAAAAUAUGGAUGGUGUAGGUGCACUUAAUUAGUAGUUGAUAAGUUGUACCCACUGUACUUUCUAAUUGAAUCUGAUUAAGCAUAAAGUGUUUUAUAUA